AUCAGUGUCGCCUGCCUUCCCCCCUGCUCUCUGGAUGCCAAGCCUGCAGCCUGCCCUUCAGCCAGAGCUCUGCCUGAUCCCUUCACCUUCCAGGCCACCUGCAGCCUGUAACCAGACACUGUUUGCUCCCAGAAGAACCUGGGCACUGCGUACCUCUGUCCGGGCUAAUGACCUUCGCCUGAGCCCUGGUUAAUAUUUGUUGGAUCCAAAGGCAGUGGGGCUCCGCCCCCUGUGAGAUAUAAGCUGGCCCAGGGCUGUUCUGCUUCCCUCUUGGUCUGAGCAACGCCGGCAUCAUGGCCAAGGGUUUCUACAUUUCCAAGACCCUGGGAAUCUUGGGCAUCCUGCUGGGUGUGGCAGCCGUGUGCACCAUCGUAGCCCUGUCGGUGGUCUAUGCUCAGGAGAAGAAUAGGAAUGCAGAGAACUCUGCCACAGCACCCACGCUCCCUGAUGCCACCUCAACCACCACCUCAACCACCACCUCAACCACCACCUCAACCACCACCUCAACCACCGCUGUAGAUGAGAGCAAGCCUUGGAACCAGUACCGCUUGCCCAAGACUCUCAUACCUGACUCCUACCGGGUGACCCUGAGACCAUUCCUCACCCCCAACCAGCAGGGCCUGUACAUCUUCACGGGAUCCAGUACUGUUCGCUUUACCUGCAAGGAGGCCACGAAUGUCAUCAUCAUUCACAGCAAAAAGCUCAACUACACCUCCCAGGGGGGGCACAUGGUGGCGUUGCGAGCCCUGGGCGCCACCCCGGCACCUAGCAUCGAUAAAACUGAACUGGUGGAGCGUACCGAGUACCUGGUGGUCCAUCUGCAGGGAUCCCUGGUAAAGGACAGUCAGUAUGAGAUGGACAGCGAGUUCCAGGGGGAACUGGCCGAUGACCUAGCUGGCUUCUACCGCAGCGAGUACAUGGAGAAUGGCAACAAGAGGGUGGUGGCCACAACGCAGAUGCAGGCCGCUGAUGCCCGGAAGUCCUUCCCCUGCUUCGACGAGCCAGCCAUGAAGGCCACAUUCAACAUCACUCUCAUCCACCCCAAAAACUUCGUAGCUCUGUCUAACAUGCUUCCCAAAGAUACCAGCCCCCUUCCGGAAGACUCUUCCUGGAGUGUCACUGAGUUCCACGCCACACCCAAGAUGUCCACGUACCUGCUGGCCUAUAUCGUGAGCGAGUUCAAAAAUGUGGAAUCUGUCUCACCGAAUGGUGUCCAGAUUCGAAUCUGGGCUCGACCCAGUGCCAUUGACCAGGGGCACGGUGCUUACGCGCUGAACGUGACAGGACCCAUCCUAAACUUCUUUGCCCAACAUUAUGAUACACCCUACCCUCUAGAAAAGUCUGACCAGAUUGGCCUGCCUGACUUCAACGCUGGAGCCAUGGAGAACUGGGGGCUAGUGACCUACCGUGAGAGCGCCCUGCUCUACGACCCUCUGUCCUCCUCCAUUGGCAACAAAGAACGGACAGUCACCGUGAUUGCUCACGAGCUGGCCCAUCAGUGGUUCGGCAACCUGGUGACAGUGGACUGGUGGAAUGACCUGUGGCUGAACGAGGGCUUUGCCUCCUAUGUGGAAUAUCUGGGUGCUGACUAUGCAGAGCCCACUUGGAACCUGAAAGACCUCAUAGUGCAGAACGAACUGUACCGUGUGAUGGCCGUGGACGCGCUCGCCUCCUCUCACCCGUUGUCCAGCCCUGCCAACGAGGUCAACACGCCAGCCCAAAUCAGCGAGCUGUUUGAUAGCAUCACCUACAGCAAGGGAGCCUCGGUCAUUAGGAUGUUGUCCAGCUUCCUGACAGAGGACCUGUUCAAGAAGGGCCUUUCGUCUUAUCUCCACACCUUCGAAUACUCAAACACUGUUUAUCUGGACCUGUGGAAACACCUGCAGAUGGCCGUGGACGCUCAGACAGCUAUCAGUCUCCCGGACACAGUGCAAAACAUCAUGGACCGAUGGAUUCUACAGAUGGGCUUUCCAGUUAUCACAGUGAACACUGCGACAGGAGAAAUCUCCCAGGAACACUUCCUCCUUGACCCUGAGUCCAAUGUUACCCGCCCCUCAGACUUUAAUUACGUCUGGAUUGUACCCAUUCCGUUUCUCAAGAGUGGACAGCUUCAGGAAGGCUACUACUGGCUGAAGGACCAGAAAAACCAGAAUGACAACUUCAAGACGUCUGCAGACGAGUGGGUCUUGCUGAACCUUAAUGUAACCGGCUACUACCAGGUGAACUAUGACGAAGGCAAUUGGAAGAAGAUUCAGAAUCAGCUGCAAACAGAUCUUUCUGUUAUCCCAGUCAUCAACCGUGCACAGAUUAUCCAUGACUCCUUCAACCUGGCCAGUGCCCAAAGGAUACCCGUCACUCUGGCGCUGGACAACACCCUCUUCCUCAUCAACGAAAGGGAAUACAUGCCCUGGGAGGCUGCCCUGAGCAGCCUCAACUACUUCAAGCUCAUGUUCGACCGUUCUGAGGUCUACGGCUACAUGAAGAGGUACCUGAAGAAGCAGGUCUCGCCCCUCUUCUUUUACUUUGAAAAUGAAACCAGAAACUGGACCAAUCGCCCAGAAACACUGAUGGAACAGUACAACGAAGUAAACGCCAUCAGCACCGCCUGUUCCAGUGGCCUCAAAGAGUGUAGGGACCUGGUUUCUGGAUUUUACAGUUUUUGGAUGAACCACCCUGAUAAUAACCCGAUCCAUCCCAACCUCCGGUCUACGGUCUACUGCAACGCCAUUGCUUUCGGUGGCGAGGAAGAGUGGGACUUUGCUUGGAACCAGUUCCGGAAUGCCACUCUGGUAAACGAGGCAGACAAACUCCGGGCAGCCUUGGCCUGUAGCAGAGACUCGUGGAUUUUGAACAGGUACCUGAGUUACGCCCUGAAUCCUUCCUUCAUCCGGAGGCAAGAUGCCACCUCCACCAUCAUCAGCAUCGCCAACAAUGUGGUUGGGCAACCUCUGGCUUGGGACUUUAUCCGGAGCAACUGGAAGAAACUCUUCCAGGACUUCGGCGGAGGAUCUUUCUCCUUUGCCAAUCUCAUCCAGGGAGUGACGCGGCGUUUCUCCACUGAAUUAGAGCUGCAGCAGUUGGAGCAGUUUAAGGCGGACAACAUGGAGACGGGCUUCGGCUCGGGCACUCGGGCUCUGGAGCAAGCACUGGAGAAGACAAAAGCCAACAUCAAAUGGGUGAGGGAGAACAAGGACGCGGUUCUCCAGUGGUUCGAACAAAACAGCCUGUAGUCCCGGUCCUGAUAGCAGCUUGGUCCCGCGUGACUCCUCUGACUGACUAUCUCAGCAGCCUGUACAGGGUCUCAGUCCUAAGAGCUCCGGACGGCAGCGUCCUACCCUCACGGAUGAGGUGUCCAGCCCAACAUCUAAUUGUCAGGCUGCCAGGCACCUCCCUGCCCUUACCCCUCACGCCAACUCUGCCCCAGGCCCAGGCCUCUGGGGCUGAUCUCAGGGAAGCUGAUCCCAGCUCUGAGGCCAGAUAUACUGGACACAGGGCAGCCUGGAUAGAGUACCCCCCCCCCCCCGCUCGCUUCACGACUUUCCCCCACAUGACCCAGAACCAAAGAAUCAACAGGGCACAAGAUCUAUAUAUAUAUUUUUAAAGAGAAAAUGUAAAUAAAGGAUUUCUAAAAUGA